CCGGGUUGUUUGCGUCUCCCAGGAAACCGGCCCGCGCGCCCCGCGAGGUAGCGGAAGCCGCACGCAGAGCUGAGCAGGCCCGCGCGCCUCGCCGCCGCCCCAGCCUCGCUUAGGCCACCGCUAGUUUUAUUUGUGUCCCUUUUUCAUCUCGCGCGCCUUAAAAUCCCUGAGAGGCUUUCGCCGCUUCCAGUCAUGGCGCUGGCGCAGCCCAGGGACCUGGAGCAGGCCUUGGCUCUGGGCAGGAGGAGGCACAACGAGCUGUGCCGGCAGAAGCGGAUCUUCGACGCCAGGAGCAGGAUCAUCGGGGGAGACACAGAAGCCUGGGAUCUUCAGGUUCGUGACCAGAAAAUAAAAGAAGCAACUGAAAAAGCUAGACAUGAAACUUUUGCUGCUGAAAUGAGGCACAAUGACAAAAUCACAUGCAUAUUAGAAGGCCGGGAAAGGAGGGAUAAGAAAAGCCUCUGUAAAGCCAUCAGUGAGUUCCAGCAGCACUUCCAGAGGCCAGAAAUGCGCCGUGAAUUUGACCUAUCAGACCCCCUGGCCCUUAGGAAAGACCUUCCAGCUAGGCAGUCAGAUAACGAUAUCCGGAAUACGGUGUCAGGAAUGCAGAGAUUCAUGGGAGAGGAUUUAAACUUCCGCGAGAGGAAGAAAUUCCAGGAGGAACAAAACCGAGAAUGGUCCUUGCAGCAGCAGAGGGAGUGGGAGGAUGCCCGCGCCCAGCACAGAAGUGCAGAGGGUCUCUGCUUGAAGACAAGGCUGCAGUUUGAUGAAACAGCCAAGCAUUUGCAGAAUCUGGAAAGCGCCACCAGAAAGGCAGUUUGCACAGCCGUGAAAGAAUUCAACAAGAGCCAGGCCACCGAGUCACUGGAAAGGAAAAUCCGAGAGAAGAAACAGGAACAAGAAGACAACCUGGCUGAGAUCUCCAACUUGCUGCGUGGAGACCUGCUCUCGGAGAACCCGCAGCAGGCAGCCAGCUCCUUUGGGCCGCACCGCGUGGUCCCCGACCGCUGGAAGGGCAUGACUCAGGAGCAGCUGGAGCAGAUCCGCCUGGUCCAGAAGCAGCAAGUCCAGGAGAAGCUGAGGCUUCAGGAGGAAGAGCAGCAGCGGGACAUGGACUGGGACCGCCGGAGGGUACAGAUGGCGCGCGCCGCUCUGCUCUCGGAGCGCCAGCAGCAGCGCCAACGGCGCGACCUGCGCAGGGCUCUGGACUGCAGCAACCUCAGCCUGGCCAAGGAGCAGCGCGUGCAGAAAAAAUAUAUGGAGGAAGUCUGUACAAAUCAACCCACUAAAGAUUAUUUCACGCAAUUUAAUACAAGAAGUCGGUAAUGGGAGAGACACUGUUUAUGCCUAAGAUGUAGUAGCUGUGAAGAGUCAUGUUUAUUAAAUGAAGAAAUCCACUCCAUGUUUCAGAAGUCCCUCUCACUUUUGUCCCGCGGACAAACACACAUGGAAGCCCUCUCCCUUGUACGCGCACGAGGAGCGUUAGUUCCUGGAGUGGCGGUGGGUGCUGUGGGCGCACGGAUGGAGCAGACGUGGCCCUGCAAAGGAGCAUCCCAGAAAGAGUGGUGUCUGAGGGGCUCGUGUCUGCCUGAGCCCCCGGGUCCAGCUGCUGUAAAGGUUAACACAAGCGCUCACUAUGUGCAAGGCAUUUAGAACGAUCUGACCCUGACGGCAGCCAGCGGUGGGUAUUUUUAUGACUCAUCUGCCCCCGGAGAGGAGCCUGAGACACAGACACGUUAAGUGACUUGCCCAAGGUCAUGCUACGGGCAGCAACCGGCCUGGGGUUGAGCCCCAGGAGUCCGGCUCUCAAACAUCUCGCUCUCCUGGCUCUGGUAGCAGGGCCCAAAGCAAGAGUGGCUUCAGCAAAGCCAUUUACCUCCUGCUCCCGGAGACGUCCAAGCCGAGCUGCUCUGCCAUCUCCCAUCGCAUGGUCCAGAGACGCUGCUCUGGGCCCCAGCACCCUGUCACUGGCCUGGCGCGGAGGAGAAGAGGGGAGCAGAGGAGCCGUGCAUGCUCCUCGGCCUCGAGGAGGAGCCGCAGAAAGGGGACAUCUCACCUCCAUUCACCCUUGUAGGCCAGAAACUGGUCAUGUAACCUAGUCCAGCCACACAGGAGGCUGAGACACUGAGCUGGCUAACCCUGUGACCAGGCAGAGCUUCUAGAAUGGUGUAGAGUGGAAGAAGAGUUGUGGGGGGGACAACCAGCCACCUGCCCCAGACUUGAAGGGUGACUUGGAACUUGCCAGAGGGGAGGUGAAGGGAGGCCUUGUAUACUGGGCAGGGAACUGUGUCUAGCCAUAAUGGGGUCUCUAGCUCCCAGGCCCAGCACGAGAGGAUCCUACCGAGUUUUUCUUCCUUCUCCAUGUAGGUUUCUUGGGGGGAGAGGGGCAUAUGCACAGGACCGGUGACACUUCACCAUUAACCGAGACAGAGCGACGAACGCCCAUGGCAGCUCCUGCUUUGCUCACCCCCUUACCUAAAGGCGACUUGUCCUGCCCGGUCUCCAAGCCCUACAGCGGUGGUUGGGCACCGAGCCUGAGCAUUGGCUGGGUCCCCAGGGCAGCAUCCUCUAGCCGGGCACGCGCACAGCCACGUUAUUUGUGGAGUGCAGCUUGCAGACAGACUGGGGGGUGGGGCGCAAGGGGUGAGGCAUGGACUUGAAUCCCGUGGACUUGAACCAGGAGAGCUGCUGAGGCGCUGUGGGCCACCGAGUAGCCGCAUCUAGGGGGCGUGCUUCCGAGGGCUCCAGCAGCUGGCGGGGCCGCCAGAAGGCGGCUGACUUCGAAGACACGAGUCACCAUCUCCCGGCCAAUCCAGGCUCACAUGGGCUUCCAGAGUGGCAAAGCAUUUGAGCGAAUGGCCCCAUGGGGACGAAGUUCAAGCCCAGAGAUAGCCUGAUCAUGCUGCCACCCCUCGGGGGAGGCGGGGCUGCUGCAGGUGCUACCGCGGAAAUACGAGAUGCCAUCUUAGGCCAGGGAGCGGGGAACACGCAAGUCCAUUUAUUGGCCCUAAUGGACGCCGCAUCGCACGAGCGGCUCGUGGGGAUGGCUUGUUCACAAGUCCGUGGAGCCGAGAUCGGCAGGCAAAGGAAUGACAGGUCUGCGGGCUCAGCUCGCCCCUCGGACGUCCCCGUUAGGCAGCGGGGCAGUUCCACCAGACCCGCGCUGACUGUGCUCCCCCCGCAGGGGGAGGAGACCUCCCCAUCCAUCCAAAUGGAGGCCCGUCGCCUCCGCGGCUGGCCACCCGAAUGGAGCGAGUACUCCCGAGUGAUUGACGUGACGGUCCCCCCGCUCUGGGGGCGCAGGCUGGCCUGUGUUCCUUUCCUGGGGCUGCCAUACCAAAGCACCGCAGACUGGCGGCUUAAGCAGCCGACAUGUGCUUGGUCACAGUCUGGACGCCAGAGACCAAGGUGCUGGCAGGGCUGGUUCCCCCGGAAGGCUCUGCAGCUUCCCGGCAUUCACUGGCGACUUUUAGUGUUCCUUGGCUUGUUCGUGGACCUCUGCCUUUGUCUCUACAUGACUCUCUCCGGACGAGCCUUUGUCCAAAUUCCCCUUUUAUAAGGAAAC